CGCACUUCCGCCAGUGAAGAUGGCGGUCGUUAUCACGUAAAUUGCUUUGCUCUGCGAAAUCGGAGGCAAUCUACUGAACUCAGUUUGCAUCAAGUCAUUUUCUCUGUCUUAUCGACGUCUGGGUUGUUUUUCAAUAAGAAAACACCAUGUAUGACCAAGAUGAGGAAAUGUUUGAUGAAGAUGAUGGGGAUGACAUCACUUCAGACUUGUGGCAGGAAGCUGCUUGGAUCGUCAUCAGUUCCUACUUUGAUGAGAAGGGCUUGGUGAGGCAGCAACUGGACUCCUUUGACGAGUUCAUUCAGAUGUCUGUCCAGAGAAUUGUGGAGGAUUCCCCACAGAUAGACCUCCAGGCAGAGGCACAGCAUACAUCUGGGGUUGUGGAGACACCACCUCGCUAUUUGCUGAAAUUUGAACAGAUCUACCUGUCCAAGCCUACCCACUGGGAGAAAGAUGGUGCCCCCAGCCCCAUGAUGCCCAACGAGGCUAGGCUGAGAAAUCUAACGUACUCUGCCCCACUGUAUGUUGAUAUUACCAAAACUGUGGUGAAGGAGGGAGAGGACCCCAUAGAAACUCAACAUCAAAAGACUUUCAUUGGCAAGAUCCCCAUCAUGUUAAGAUCCACCUACUGUCUGUUGAAUGGACUCACUGACAGAGAUCUGACAGAGUUAAACGAGUGCCCUUUGGAUCCUGGGGGUUAUUUUAUCAUCAACGGCUCAGAAAAGGUGCUCAUAGCCCAGGAAAAAAUGGCCACGAAUACUGUGUAUGUGUUCCAGCAGAAGGACUCCAAGUAUGCCUAUAAAACAGAGAUCCGUUCGUGUCUUGAACAUUCCUCCAGACCUACCAGUACAUUGUGGGUGAACAUGCUGGCCAGAGGAGGACAGGGUGCCCGCAAAAGUGCAAUUGGCCAAAGGAUCAUUGCCAUCCUCCCCUAUAUCAGGCAGGAGAUCCCCAUUAUAAUAGUGUUCCGAGCCCUGGGAUUUGUGUCAGACAGAGACAUCCUAGAACACAUCAUCUAUGACUUUGAUGACCCAGAGAUGAUGGAGAUGGUCAAGCCGUCCCUGGAUGAGGCUUUUGUGAUACAGGAACAGAAUGUAGCUCUCAAUUUCAUAGGAGCUAGAGGAGCCAGGCCUGGGGUAACUAAAGAAAAGAGAAUCAAAUAUGCCAGGGAGAUUCUGCAGAAGGAAAUGCUGCCUCAUGUUGGUGUUAGUGACUUCUGUGAGACCAAAAAGGCCUAUUUUCUGGGAUACAUGGUUCACCGUUUGCUUCUUGCUGCCAUUGGUCGUAGAGAGGUGGAUGACAGAGAUCACUAUGGCAACAAAAGAUUAGAUUUGGCAGGACCCUUGCUUGCAUUUUUGUUCAGAGGGUUGUUCCGCAAUCUAAUGAAGGAAGUAAGGAUGUAUGCCCAGAAGUUCAUUGACCGUGGCAAGGAUUUCAACCUGGAGCUGGCCAUCAAGACAAGGAUCAUCACAGAUGGCCUCAAGUACUCCCUGGCCACGGGGAACUGGGGGGACCAGAAGAAGGCCCACCAGGCCAGGGCUGGGGUGUCACAGGUGUUGAACAGGCUGACCUUUGCCUCCACCCUGUCUCACUUGAGAAGACUGAACUCUCCUAUAGGGAGAGACGGGAAGUUGGCCAGACCUCGCCAGCUCCACAACUCUCACUGGGGAAUGAUCUGCCCUGCUGAGACACCAGAGGGAGCCGCUGUAGGCUUGGUGAAGAACCUGGCGCUGAUGGCCUAUAUCUCUGUAGGCUCCCAGCCCUCCCCCAUCCUGGAAUUCUUGGAGGAGUGGAGUAUGGAGAACUUGGAGGAGAUUGCACCUUCAGCCAUUGCCGAUGCCACCAAAAUCUUUGUGAAUGGCUGCUGGGUAGGAAUCCACAGAGAUCCAGAGCAGCUGAUGGUUACAUUGAAGAAACUGAGGAGACAGAUGGACAUCAUUGUGUCUGAGGUAUCUAUGGUGCGUGACAUCCGUGAGCGUGAGCUGAAGAUCUAUACAGAUGCUGGCCGAGUGUGUAGGCCACUGCUUAUUGUGGAGAACCAGAAGUUGUUGCUGAAGAAGAGACACAUUGACUUGCUCAAGGAGAGAGAAUACAACAACUACAGUUGGCAGGACCUGGUAGCCAGUGGUGUGGUUGAGUACAUAGACACUAUGGAGGAAGAAACCAUCAUGUGUGCUAUGUACCCUGAUGAUCUCCAUGAGAAGGGACAGGGAUAUUGUUCUACAUAUACUCAUUGUGAGGUCCAUCCAUCUAUGAUCCUGGGGGUGUGUGCCUCAAUUAUUCCCUUCCCUGAUCACAACCAGUCCCCCCGUAACACAUACCAGUCUGCUAUGGGUAAACAAGCCAUGGGUGUGUACAUCACCAACUUCCACGUCAGGAUGGACACAUUGGCCAAUGUGCUCUACUACCCACAGAAACCUCUAGUCACCACCAGGUCUAUGGAGUACCUGCGCUUUAGGGAGUUACCUGCAGGUAUCAAUUCCAUAGUAGCCAUUGCGUCAUAUACUGGAUAUAACCAGGAAGAUUCUGUCAUUUUGAAUGAAUCUGCCAUAGACAGGGGAUUCUUCAGAUCUGUAUUCUACCGUGCCUACAAGGACCAGGAAUCCAAGAAGGGUCUGGACCAGGAGGAGGUGUUUGAGAAACCUGAUCCAAGGACUGUGCAAGGUAUGCGUCAUGCCAUCUAUGAUAAGCUAGAUGAUGAUGGUAUCAUCGCCCCGGGGAUCAGAGUGUCUGGAGAUGAUGUCCUCAUUGGAAAGACUAUCACUUUACCGGAUACAGAGGAUGAGCUUGAGAAGACUACAAAGAGGUUCACCAAGAGAGACUCCAGUGUAUUUAUGAGGAGGAGUGAAUAUGGUAUCAUUGACCAGGUGAUGGUCACUAUAAACCAGGAAGGUUACAAGUUCUGUAAGAUCCGUGUGAGAACAGUGAAGAUCCCACAGAUUGGUGACAAGUUUGCCAGUCGUCACGGGCAGAAGGGAACAUGUGGAAUCAGAUACAGGCAGGAGGACAUGCCAUUCACAUGUGAAGGGAUCACCCCUGACAUCAUCAUCAACCCCCAUGCUGUCCCCAGUAGGAUGACCAUUGGGCAUUUAAUUGAGUGUCUCCAGGGGAAAGUUUCAGCCAACAAGGGGGAGAUAGGUGAUGCCACCCCAUUCAAUGACACUGUCAAUGUACAGAAGAUCUCAAACCUGUUGCACGAGUAUGGCUACCACCUGCGUGGAAAUGAGGUGCUGUAUAAUGGUCACACAGGGCGUAAGAUGAACUCCCAGAUAUUUGUGGGCCCCACCUACUACCAGCGUCUGAAGCAUAUGGUGGAUGACAAGAUCCACUCCAGAGCUAGAGGACCCCUCCAAAUCCUCAACAGACAGCCUAUGGAGGGCAGGUCACGUGAUGGUGGUCUACGUUUUGGUGAAAUGGAGCGUGAUUGUCAGAUUGCCCAUGGCGCGGCUCAGUUCCUGCGGGAGCGUUUGUUUGAGGCGUCUGAUCCAUACAGAGUUCAUGUGUGCAACCUUUGUGGCCUCAUUGCCAUUGCCAACCUGAGGAACAACACCUUUGAGUGCAAGGGCUGCAAGAAUAAGACGCAGAUCUCCCAGUUACGCAUGCCGUAUGCCUGCAAGCUGCUGUUCCAGGAACUUAUGGCUAUGAGUAUAUCACCCAGGAUGAUGGUCUCAUAACACUGGAUUGGAAACUAAGAUGGAGAAAUUCUUUCUUUAAAAAAAGUGGAAAAAAAUAUCAAUCAGCCCAGUUCCUUGUCGAGAUGGCAGUAGCAAGUCUUUCAGGAAGUGUAUUUCUUUAAAAACUGCUGUGCUAGUGCAAGGAGCAUGUUCCACAAAAGGUUGGCAGGAAAGCUGCCUGAGACAUGGGGUGAUGUGACUGAACAUAUUAACAUCAAAUGUUUCAAUUGUGACAGCUUGUUCCCUGUCGCAAGUUGUUACAUCCUGACAAUUCAAGCGAAAACACGCCGGUUCUUGUAAUAAGCGUAAUAUAAAACUAGUUUGUCUGAAGUUGUAUAAACUCAACUGAGUACAGUGCAGUCAGCCAAUAUGAAGAUCAGAUCCAAAUGGUACGCCACUGCUGGGAGGUAUUCAGACCAGUGAUGUCUACAUCAUAUGGUAGUGCCAUGUGUAUUGUGCAGGAGUCAAGAUGAAUAUUUAAUAUGUGUAAUAUAAGUCAUUAAAACUAACAGUAGCAGACGGGGACGUGACCUUUAUUACACAGUAGUGACGUCCACAUGCAAGGUGUAGUGCGAAGGGGCAUUAUUAUGCAGGUUAUAAAAAAUUAAUUAACCUCCAUUUAAGUCCUAGUCUUGUUGCAGUAUAUUGUAUAGUAGGACUUGUAGUCAUCUUAGCCAACAGACAUGCCAGACACACGGUCUAGACGGUUACACGGCUGGUAUUCCGCCAGGCUGCAUUGCUACAUGCAGUGAUGCAAGUUUAAUUGAGGGUUUUCAUUCCACUGAUUGAGCAGUGUGAAGUGAGCACUAACUUUACCAUUUUGAGGAAAUAACGAAAGAGAAACACUGGAACAUUUCCAAAGUAUUUUUACGGUGACGUGAUGUUUGUCUCAUCUUAAAUCUUGUUGGGCUUUUGAUUACGGAAAAAUCCUGUCUACAAACGUCGGUUUAUUCCCGGGUUAACGAUUUAGUUUGAAUAUAACGAAAAUUUAGGUUUGAUAGAAAUGUGAGUGGGAGGAGUUUAAUUAGAUACCGUCAUGUGACGUCAUCAGUCAGCCGCGCUCCACAUAGUCUUUAUACCUGCGACUGGAAGGUUACCAGCUGUUAUGCAUAUCUACCAAAGGUGAUAAAAGUUGAUGUCAAUCCAGCAACUUUGUGUUUUUUUAUAGUUCCUUGUACUGAUGAAUCAUUUGGAACAAUUCCAAAGCAAAGAUGUAAAUUGUUUGAAGAAGAACCCAGUCGUCUGAACUCUGUGACAAUGAGUCAUUUGUUGACACCUGUAGAAUUGACUUUUAAUGUGAAAGUAUUUUUGAGAAUAAAGUUUGACUCACCGA